AUGGAGGUCAUGUCGCAGCCGCAGUGCGAGCGCCUUUUCACGGAACGAAUAGACUCGAAGCUGACUGGAUUCAAGAUGGAGCUCAGGCCUCACGGCCAACCGUGCGCAGUGCGCUUGCGGCGGUGCUCCGUGAACUUCGUGAGUGAGCAUCACCGCAUAGGACGAGGAAGGACGACGAAGGUCGAACACAACGAUGAACUGGAGGGGAAGGAGCAAGAAGUAGCGCACCCUGUCGACGGUGGCGGCGCCGUGUUCCGGACCAAGAGCGCGUGCCGCGGCGCCAUCCGCGGGAUGCUUAUGAAGGUUCUCCCGGCGCUCAUGCAGUACUACGACGUCGAGCGCACCGAGGAAGGCCAGUGGGACGAGUUCGUGCCCGCUGGUCUCGUGGAAAGAAUCGUCCAAGGAGCGGCCGGCGGCGGGAGCUACGCCUGCGACGUGUGGAUGCACGUGGAGCUGACGCGCGUGUACAGUGAGGCGAAGGAGCUGCUGCUAUUGUGCGAGGCCGUCGCCGUGGUACCGUCGAACUCUGCUCGUCGGUGUGCACCUGGUACGGGUGACGCGUGCCCAAUCUGCAUGGAGGAGCUGGCUGACGGCGUCACAGGCUUGCCCGGCUGUUCGCACGCCUUCCAUAGGGAAUGUAUCCUGGAGUGGUUCGGCAAGGCGCCGACGUGCCCGUGUUGCCGGCGCGACAUUGUUAGUUUUUGUAUUGCAGACGAAUAA